AUGAGACUUUUUAACGGACUUUUCAGAAUCCCACAACAAUUCCCAAAAAGGUUCAGUCACGACCAGAUUCGUAGACUAGGUCAGGCUCCACAGGGGAAUAACGUGGACAAUAUUGAAUCAGCCUGGGAGGAGGCGAAACGUUUUUUCUAUAGACCCUCGUAUAGUUACCAGGAAUUUGCUAAAAGAGUAGAAUGUGUUCGUCUAUUUCUGUUUUGGGGCCUGGUUACUGGCCUUGCAGCCGACUUAGUUUUUAGGCCUUUGAAGACCAACUUCUGGUUCACCUUUAACUUCAAGGACCGAUUUAAGCCUAAGGAGCCUACGAGUCUACCGCCUUUAAACGAGAAUCACAUGACCGACGCCUCUAUGGAAUACAAUAGAAUAUGCAACUUUUAA